AUGGUGGAGAAUCCGAUCUGUAAAAUGGUGGAGAAUCCGAUCUGUGAAAUGGUGGAGAAUCCAAGAUGUAAAAUGGUGGAGAAUCCAAAAUGUAAAAUGGUGGAGAAUCCGAUGAUGUCUCUUGUUGGCCUGUGUCUGGUGUUUGUUGCUGUGGGAUGGAGGGGCGUGGAGGGGUUUACUCAGGUUUUUACCACACCACCUAAUUUCAUUACAUCUAUACCAAGUUUGCUGUCCACAACCGGAAUCUGUCCCCCAGGAACAAGGUAUUGUGUUGAUGGAGAAUGCAGAGAUCAGUGUGCAGAAUCAUCCAGGCUACACACAAAGUGUUCUGAAGGGGAGGUAUUCUGUUUGGCCUCAGGAAGAUGUAUUCCAAAGAAUAGUGGCUGCUCUUUCCCAGGACCAACUGUACAACCCACAACCUCACGAUGUAGUGAAGAUCAAGUGUUCUGUCUGCAAAGGGGAGCAUGUGUCCCUCGCCAAACCAAUUGUAAUGAGGGAGAGGGUGAAAGCAGAGCAACAGUGCAGGGAAAAUGUCAAGAAAAUGAGGUUUUCUGUCUUGCCUCUGGCAAAUGCCAGCCGAAAGAAGGGUGUGGAAAAGAAAAAGAAAAAUUGGUGGAAUCUGUCCAGACAAAAUGUAGCAGUGAUGAGUACUUCUGUUUGCAGAGAGGAAGAUGUGUCAAAGUUUCAGAAGGAUGUGAGGGUGAACGGACAGCACCAACUCCAACAUCAGAAACUCACAGUAAAUGUGGAGAGGAGGAAUAUUUCUGCCUGCAGAGGAACAGAUGUGUACCCAGAGUAAGGGACUGUGGUGGCACCGGGGAAGAUGGCGAUGACAAUAAGUGUGGCACUGGGGAGAUGUACUGUAUGACCACGGAUAAGUGUAUACCCUGGGAGGAGAGUUGUGAGGGGGAGAGUGGGGGAGGGACUACAAGUCAUAAAUGUGGAGACAAUGAAUAUUUUUGUCUCCAGAAGGGCAGGUGCUUACCAAAGCAGGGAGGCUGUGAUUCAAGGGGACCACAGACAACUACAGUCCCACCCUCAGUGACAAGCUCGUGUACAGAGGGACAGAUAUUCUGCCUAAAGUCAGGAAGGUGUGUAGAGAUGGAUACAAACUGUGCCAUGCCCUCCCCCUACCUGUGUGACCCGAAGCAGGAAUACUACUGCCCUGCCAGAGGAAGUUGUGUGAAGAAUUCUGAGCCCUGUCAGGGACCCGGGACCACCAUGUCCCCUUCCCCAGUCUCUAAAUGUCCCCCCAACCAGGUUUUCUGCCUAGCAUCUGCUCGCUGUGUUGAGAGAACGUGUACAGAAAAUGAAGACAGACUUCUCCCAACUUCAACUAGUUCUCCAACCUCAGCUGGUGACCGCCUCCUUCUGGUGGACAAAGCAGUCACAGUUUAUGAUGCUGUACAGUUCAGACUGUCAGAGUACAUUGCACAAAGGAGAAGUCUCAAGCUGCCACAGCAGUUGACUGUUAGACUCAGCUGUGACCAGAAUUCAGGAGUGCGCUUUUAUGCAGGGAGAACAGCCCUGGGUGAGAUGGAUGUGGACCUGACCCAACUGAUCACAGUAACUACUGAUGGGGAGGAGGCGGGUGUGGUCACCUGCAGAAUUCUCUCCCUCCCACCUGACAUAAUUACCAUGGGUUUCCAGUAUCACAUAGGAAUUGUUGCUAUUCCCAAAACUGUUACUCCUACAGUUUCCAUGGUGAUGACUUCCAUAAAUGUCACAGAGGGUGUGACCCACUGGAUAUUUGAUGAAUGGGACAAGGUGUUUCAUGUCAAUAUAUCAGAUGAAGUUCCUAAAUUUGUGUAUGAUAAGGAAAUUGUGUCGGUAAAGAACGUGACGGAAAUCUACCGAGAAGGCUUGAAAUCAAUGGCACAAAGAGUUAUCUUCCCUUUACGAGUCUCCCUUUAUGAGGUUCCUAUGGAUUCCCGUGGCUUGCCAGUGGCUACCUUAGUUACAAAGACUGAAGUGGGACCUCAUUGGAGGAGAGUUUCCUCAAAAGGUGUGGUUUUGGAGGACGAGGGAAGGACUUCCAAAUUACUUUAUGUCAAAAUACAUCCAGCUUUCAGUGGAGAAGUUCAUUUUCUUCUGACUACAAAUUCUGGAGAUCAGUUCAUGUUCACUUUGAUGAUAAUAGCUGUAAACAAUGCCCCAUAUUUGACUUCUCCAGAGAAAACAAUGGACACCUUGUCUUCAGUCUUAGUACAGCCGUACUCUGGUGACAGGGAGUUUACAGCGGGGGAGAUAAGUGAUUUAGUUUAUACAGAUGAAGAUGGGGAUGUUUUAGGGUUAGCUCUACUGGGAGCAGUCUCAGAUGUACUGGGUACUUGGCAUUAUGAUAAUGGUAAUGGGUGGAAGGUGGUACCUGUUUUAGGCCGAAUGACACCUCAUCUGCAGCAAAACGUUAGUGCUGUCCUGCUGUCAAAUAAAGACAAACUCAAGUUUGUACCAACUGUGGGUUAUCUCUGGUCCACAAGGGAGGCUCUGAAGAAGACCAAGCUGUACACUCUGGCCUGGGAUGGCAGUGACCUGACCUCUAGUCAAAAGUCACAGGGUCAUGUUCUGAUCCAGAGGUGCUCAGCAAUGAUGAAGAUGUGUGGAGAAGGGGGUCACAGUGCCUACUCAUUGGAGAUCAUCCCUCUCUUUAUCAACAAGGCAGGCUGUGAUGGACAGCCAGGGUCACAGUUAGGGGAGGAUCUAUGUGGGGUGUGUGGAGGAUACGAUGAUUGUGUGGACUGUAAUGGAAAUCUCAAUGGAGGUGCUGUGAUUGAUGCCUGUGGGGACUGUACAGAGGGGGACACGGGACUGACCAGGGACCACAGACUGGACUGUAGGGGACAAUGUGGUCUUCACUACUACGACAGUACCCUCAGCAUGUGUCUACCGAAUAAUGUGGAUGUUCAGAAACUGAUGACAUUGUUUCAGGAAUGUGAUGGAAGGAUAAACAGUGACGCCUACAUUAACAAGUGUGGUCAUUGUGUUCUAGGCAAUACAACACUGGCAGAAAACCAUGGGGAGGAUCAAUGUGGGGUGUGUGAUGGAGAGGAUGAGUGUGUGGACUGUGCUGGGGUUCCCUAUGGGGAGUCAGUGAUGGAUUUCUGUGAUGUCUGUCUGUUGAGGAACAGCUCUGACUAUAACAAAGAGUGUUAUGUGGGAUUGGGCCAUAUCAAUCAGACAAGUCUGGGAGCCAGUGGACAGAAGGCCCUGGAGAUGACCGCCUACACCAUGGCCCAGGAGGAAAAGGAGAAUCGGCCAUCAGCAUUGACCGUACAGGAGUGUGGCUUGUUUAAGAGAUCAUUCUGGAAUUUGGAUAUACCAAUGUCGGUAUUAUCUUAUGACAACAAUACAGGAGUAAUAGUGGCUCUGACUCGUCAGCUGACAGUCUACGACAGUGGUGUUUACAUGAUAGGAUGUCUUACGUAUGAUGAAGGCAUACACACCAUAAAAGUGCCACAGACUACUAAGAUAGUUGUGUUUGGCCCUGCCAAUGUCAGAAUGGUUUUCCCUCAACAAAUCAAAGUGCAACAGGGUACCAAGGUAACUGUGAGGGGAACUGCUUUCUACAAGUCUGGCUAUAUUAAAUGUGCUAUCAAAUGUCCUUAUACGGAGAGGGGCAUAGGCUGCUUCACAACAAAACUUGAACCAUCUGGAUUUAUGAUUUUUCCAGCCAAACGUUUAGAUGAAUCAUCUUGUGAGUGUGACCUGAAGAAAAUGUCAAAGGUCACCAGACCUAUGCCCUAUGACCUAACAGUGCUAUUGGAGCCAAUUACUAAAUAUUUAAUUCCAGGAUUGAAAUAUGUGAAGCUUUUUGUGAGAGCUCCUGCCCCUAAGCUGGUGUCUGCGAGGUUUGAUAAGAUGUACUGCUCAGUGACAGUCUUGUUUGAUGUUUCUGUGGAGGGGCCUAAAAACUGCAGUGAUUUAUUUGAGGAAACAAGUUUUCAGAAGCUUGGAGAAAAUGCUGAAUGUUACUUUAUGGGUAACAGACUUAUUGUACUACUGAAAAGAGGGGAGUUUUCUCUUAGGCCUGGAGAGCACCUGCUGAUAUCCAACUCAACCAUCCUUAAAAUGUUCUCAGAGGAGAAGUUCCCCUCAUUUGCAUCAGGAAGUAUCCUGGUGAAGGCACCAAAAGAACAGAUGCAGAUCAGUGCAGAUCUUAUUGGAGGAGGAGUGAUUGGCAGCUGUGACCCUUUUGAACUCUUUCUUAGAAAGUCAGGCAGUUUAGGCUGUGUGGACUUUGUCUUCAACUGGACUGUAACCUCUAAUGACAGCAACCCUUCAGCAUUGGUUUUAUCUGAUGUCAAUGAUCUACAAAGAAGACUGGAUGAUAUGCCAGCCUCUCAAUGGAGAUUUACUGGACAUGGAUCUGAGAUUGUGCCUGGAUCCACCUAUGUUUUCACUGCUGUAGUCACAAACAUGUUAGACCUAACCUUCACAUCUGUGUCUUCCCAUGUGACCAGGUCACAAGGUGUUAAACCAAUCAGUGUCCAGCUACAGGUGUUGUCAAGGAAACACCCUGAUCCUGAGAAACCUCUAAAAAUGGCUGCCAUGGUCACUCCCUCUGCUUGUAGUGGAAUCAAUAUGGAGGAGACAAGCUUCCUGUAUAAGUGGACCAGCAGCAGUGCAGACGUGGUGAUAGCAUCAGUGAUGGAACUACCAUUUGCUGUCAUCAGGAGGGGAUCUCUCAGGGGAGGAUCUAGCUACACUAUCACUGUCACAGUGUUCAAACAGAAUGAUGAGUCUGUGUCAGCUGAGGCUUCUGUGACCUUCAGCACCCUAAGUCAACCCCUAGAGGUCAGGAUCCCCCCAUAUAUACAGUCCCUCCCUACAGUGGCAAUCACCCUGGAUGCCUCCCGUUCUUCAGACCCAGACAACAUACCAGACAAACCCAGGUUCUACUGGGCCUGUGCCAAAGAGUCCAUACCAGGAGUGCCUUAUUACAUCAAGAGAGGCGAGUCAGAGGUGAUGUUAGAGUCCAUGGUCAGACCAAGCUCCCCACAGACCCCAUCACUGACCAUCCCUCCCAAUAUGCUGUCCACUGGCAGAUACAUCUGGAAUGUAACAAUGAUGAAAGGAAAGAGAUCCAGUUCUAAGUCCAUUGUGGUGGAGAUAGUUGACAACCGUGCACCUCUUAUUAUCAUGGACACUACAGAUCUCACUGUUAACUCAGGGGAACCCAUCAGACUCAGUAGUGUUAUCUCUACAUACAACAAAAAUCCUGUCAAAAUAUUCUGGGAGUGUGGACAUGUAGAGGGAUAUGACUAUGUGUUACUGGAGAAUUAUACCUCCCACCCCAGCAGGCUAGUGCAGGAAAUCAAUGAACCCCUCAGAAAUUAUGUUUUCUCACUCUAUUUGGAUAAAGGCCUGCCCUCUGGUGGAAUGUUUCCUCUAGAGAUUACGGCCGUUGCUGGGGAGAGCAUGCUCAGUAGAACAGAACAGGUCAAGGUUACUGUUAACUCACCUCCAAUGAUAGGAGAGGUCAAGAUUUCCCCACUAAAUGGCACAGCUUUGUCGACCAAGUUUGAGGUGAUGUUUGGGGAGGGUUGGAUAGACCCAGAAGGGGACAAAGUUAUUUUUUAUGUACACACACAGAAGGUUGGAGAGAAGAAAAUUUGCAGAAUGAAUGCUCGAUCCAUGACUGAUGUGGUCUCCUAUGUUCUAAUGCUGGGCACAGGAGAGUUCAUGGUUCACAUUGAGACCUGUGACCUACAGCAGGCUUGUGUGAUCCACACAGUUGCUAGCACCAUUCAUGUCAGUGAGAAAGAGAUGUCAGAGGCAGAGCUAAAUACAACUGUCGGUGAUGUCGCACAACUACUGAAGACAGAUAUGGAUAAAGCUGUUGGUAUGGCUGUGUCCUUGACCUCAUUAAUGGGAGACAGGAAUGAAUCGCAGGCUCUGGGUGGGGUUAUGAAUGAUGUUGCCUACAAUCUCCUGUCCUCCUCUUCUGCAGAGUUUGCUCCAGUGGAAGCUGUAACUGUUAUGGACACUGCCAACACAAUUUUGAAGCCGAUGGCUGAAGGAGGCUUGCUUACCAACAAAGUGAGAGGGGAGGGGCUAUUAAAGGCCAAUCAGCUGGCAUCUACUGUCAGGUCACAGCCAGGUCAAGGUGGACAAAGAAAAAGGAGAGCUGUGGAUCCCAACUCACUGACAACAGUGACAGUUAAUAGACCAAUGUCAGAAUCUGAGGGGGAGACAAUUCUGACAAGCUACUCUCUGUUACACAUGGGUAAAAGUGAGGAGCAGAUAACUACACAAGAAGCCAAGGAUUAUCUGACAGCUCUAGACAAUAUUAAGAUUGGUGUGUGUGCAGGGAUAACUUAUGCUGAGGAUGCUAUAGUGGUGGAUAAUGACCUCACCACAAUGAGAGUUCAGAAGAGAACCACGGAGACGCUGGCCACAGAGAUGAUACCGGUCACAUGUGAAAACUGUACAGUCAGCCAGACAGCUUAUGUAAUGUACGGUGCUGAGAUCAGUGACGUAUAUCACCACUGGAACUGCUCGGCAGACUUACAAUGUUACGGAGCGUGCUUCACUUCGGGGCAAAUGAUGGUCGACAUGGUAACUGCUACAUCACCUCAACGUUUUGCUAUUGACCUUGUUAGACGCAGUGACCUAAUUUCACUCCAAAUGAUUAACCCUACGACCCAUGACUUGAUGACAGUGGAAGGCUUAUCAGUACCUAUUACUGUACAGGUCCCUAUCACAGGGAAUUAUAAUGAAAGUGCCUACUCCCUUCAGUGUAAUAUGUGGAUGGGGUCAAACUGGACCAAAGAUGAUUGUGUGAGUUCCUCUCCAGAAUUCAUGGCUGACAGAUUCCAUGUGAACUGUACAUGUAACAGGCUAGGAGUUAUUGGUGUAUUUGAGGGUCCAGUUGUCAUAGAAUCAACAACUUUGCUUGAAACAACAACACAAGAAGAAACAACAGUGACAACAGAAAUGACAACAAUUAAGACUACAUCAACAACAACCCUUAAAGAAGAGAAACAUUUCACAUUUGUCACAGAAGCAAAUAUUGAACAGAAUACACAAGACGUGGUGAUAUCAGAAGUUGUAAGAUCCACCACUACCACUAAGAGUACUCCUGUUGAUGACUCCACGACACCAGUAAAUUCUGUCAGCGUCCCUGCCUACGCUGGCAAGGUGUACAUUUUGUUUGCACUCCAUGACAACUUUGCCACCAUUGUAGCUGGGCAGGAGAACAGUUUCAGGCUACACAUUAUGCAGAUCUUAACUUCCUACCUUAAAAUCCCUGCUUCCAGGAUCACCAAUCUACAAGUGGAAGAAGUCAAGAAUGAUGACGAUGAUGCUGGAAGCAUAACCAUCAAGUUUGAAGUCUUCUCGCGAGCUCUAGACUCGGAACCCACUAUGGGAGAAAUCAUCUUCCAGUUGAGGGAAGCCAUCAGAUCAGGGUCACUGGUGGUGACCUCUACUACUGGGCAGCGACUGGUUGUUGAUACCAACUCAUUUGCAUGGUCAACAUCAGAACUCAGAACAGAAAUUGAUAGUGGAGCUAAUUACACCAUGUUCAUUGUGUCCGGAGCAGUAGGGGCCUUUGUUUUAAUCAUCAUUAUGACGGGGAUUGUUAUCUAUCUGAUCAAAACCAAGGCUAACAAGUCCCAACAGGUCACCCAGUCUCCUACACCGUAUGGACCUAACAUGCAAGGGGUGGAUGUACCUAGGCCCAUGGUAGGGAAAACCAACAGUACCUCUGGUAACUGGGUGGAAACUGAGGCCAACACAGUAGACAGUGUCUCCGAUGCAGACACUUACAGAAGUUACUCGGCUAAACCUCUGUCACGUCUCCCUCCCAUUCAGUAAGCUGAGGAAGAAUGGAUUCUUCUGUUCUGUCUCUUGGAUCUCUUGACUUUAUUUUUAUAAUUUAUAUCUGAUAAAUGUAUUUCUUUGAUUUUACAACAUAUGUAUAUCCUGUUUUUUUUAAAAACAUGAAAUCAUUCUGAAAUUUCAGUGUAAAGAUUCUUUGGUUCAU